AUGGCCAUGGUUUCUCAUGGAGCUGAAAGGCGGGCUGCCAUGUCAAUUGAACCAAUUCACAGGAUGCAUCACCAACAGUAUCAAAAUCUAUUGAAGAAAAUGUGCAUGCCAUUUAUGAAAGGUCCUGAGAACAGACAUGACUUUGCCAGCUUUGAAGAGAAAGACAGCAUUUCUUUCCUUAAAUUCCAUCCAGACACCCCUCCGUUUGGGCCGAAUUGCCCCUUAUUCCCACACCGAGAUGAUGUGCCUUUAGUAGAUCCCUGCUCAGGCUUUGUAAGUGCAGGAAGGGAUGCUGAGCUGCAGCCCAGUGCUGGAAAAGUUAUUGAGUCCCUGGUGGACUACAGUGAUGUGAAACCUCACCAGCGGGUCCCUACAGCAGGAAAGGGGGUGCGGACUGCUCACAGGAGGCAUAUGAUCCUCCUAGAGGAAACCAGUCAGGACCGACGGUGGAAUUCCAGGGCUGUGCCAGCUGCUUUGAUCAGGGCAAAACUCAGAGGUCACAAAACUCCAGCGAAAGGUCUUCAUGUUCUUCUACCUGAUCAACACCAUAAUUUUGCAUUUUUUAUGGAUCCCCAUCUCAAGGAUUCAAAUGAUCCUUCUGCAAGUUGGAGAGAAGAAAAAGCUAGGGACUAUUUCUACAAGUCAAGUACUCAAAAGGCAUAUGAAGAUGUUCCAUGGGAUAAUAUAUUGCCAUCCAAAAUUCAGCCUUCUGAAUCAAUGGAAGUGAUGGCUGAUCCUGUUUCCCAGUGUUUCACAAAAAGGAGAUACAAUCCUGAACCUGAAAUAAGCCAAGUUGUUGGAAACCUUUGGGAUAGAUUUCAAAGAAGAUAUUUUACCUCUUCACAGAGACCUGCUAAUUUUGUAAGCCGAAGCUCUCGAAUCUGUCAAAUCCCUUUGUACACUGGCUGUGUUGGUGCAGUAAAUUUUGAAGACAUUGACAAUCCCAGUGUGGACUUAAUCGUGUUUAACCAUGUGCAAACUUCAAAGCCUCGCUACACAAGGACUGCACACACUCCAAAUAUCCCUGGAUAUACUGGCAAGGUUCAUUGGUUGGCAACUCAUCCGGCAAAUUCUAAUCUUCCAUCAACAUCACCAUCAAUAAUUUCACAAAUGCAUGGAUAUAUAGCAAAACAUGGAAGAUCAUCUCAGUAUAAUCACCAGGGACCUUUUUCUCAGAUGGUAACUCCAGUUAGUCCUCAGAAUCCUUUCAACAAGAUUCAGAGAAAAUGUUACAGUUUAAAAAGGGUCAAUCAUUUUUACCUGCCUAACCAAGCCUUAGUGUCUGAUAGCAAGGAAGAUGGAGAUGUGUGGAUAUUUUAA